AUGCAGAAUCUCUCACUGCUGCUAGCCUGUCUUUUUAUAUUCAGUGGACUGGAUACUAAGGGGUUAGUAUGUCAGGGAUAUGAUGGAGCAUCAGUGAUGGCAGGUAAGAAUACUGGUGUACAGCAGUGUAUCAAAGAGGUAGCUCCUCAAGCCAUCUAUGUGCAUUGUCAUGCUCAUUGCCUCAAUCUAGUAUUAGUAGAUUGUGCUAAAAGUGUACCUGAUGCUGAUGAGUCCUUUCAGCUUUUACAAUUGCUGUAUGUUUUCAUCUAUUCCUCCAAGGCCCAUGAAAUAUACAUAUCUAAGCAGUCAGAAUUGCAUGCUGAUCAACAAGUUCGUCAGAUGCAGCGCUUAUCUGACACUCGAUGGGCUUGUCGAUAUGCUGCUGUUGAAUCUGUCUGUAGCACAUACGAUUUGAUUUUUGCUACAAUAGAGAGCAUUAAAGAUGUUGAUGAUAAGGCUAAGUUUGUAGAAGCUAAUGGAAUACUUUUCCAGAUUCGUUCACUUAAGUUUGUUUUCAUACUUGCAAUGUUUUUACUUAUUCUGUCUUGCACAAAAAGAUUGUCUGACGAAUUACAAUGUAAAGAUAUAGUUAUGGCUAAAGCCGUAGAGUUGAUUACUGCUACAAUACAAACAAUUAAUGAGUUCAGGGGUGAGAAGUGCUGGGAGCAGAUUGUACAGUAUUGA